AAGGUGCGAGGGCUUCCGAGAAGUCCUGUUCUGAGGAGGUCUCCUCCCUGUCACUUCCCCCCUCGCUCCCCGCAGAGAUAUUCAUCCAGGGGUCGCCGCAACUCCUUCGCUCAAGUUGUUCUGGCACCAGCACCAGCCUGGCACCAGCACCACUCGUUGAGACCAGAGCCCGCACCCGUGACCGCCUUCUUGUCAGCACUCGUGCCAUGGCGACCGCCAGCGGUGCGGAGAUGAAGGAACGCAUCGGCUCGGAAGGAGCGGCGCUCUUCAGGGACGCGAGGUCCGAGGGGAAGGUGGUCCUCGUCGCAAAGUCUGGGUGCACGUUCUGCGCCCGCGCCCGGACCAUCCUGGAGGGCUUGGUGAGGCCGGAGCGCCUCGCGAUCCUGGACGUGGAAAAGCUCAAGGACGGGCCGACGGUUCGCGAGCUGGCCAGGGCGGCGGCUGGCGGCCACAAAACGGUGCCGAUGGUCUUCCACGGCGACAAGUUCCUCGGCGGCUGCGACCAGCUCGUCGCGAUGGAGGGCCGCGGCGAGCUGCGCGCGGAACUUGGCGGCGACCUCGCCUUGGCGGCCGAGGGGGAGAAGCCCCGCGCACGCAUGCUGCCGCCCGUGAGCUUCCCGCUCUUCUUCUUCCCUCCGGCGCUCAACGGCGUCGCGGCUCGCUUCGCUGGCUUCCAGGCCGUCUGCUGCUGUGUGCUGGCGGUGAUCUGGCGCGAGGAGCCCUGGACCGGCUGGCUGAUGCUCGGCCUCGGCCUCGACUUCUUCAUCCGCCUCGUCGCUGGCGGCACCGCCUCGCCCGUGGGUGCCGUCUCCGCCAUCCUCUCGCUGCCGUUCAGGGAGCGGCUGGUUGCGGGCCCGCAGAAGCAGUUCGCCGCGCUGCUGGGCUGCUGCUUCGCCAGCACCACUGGCGCCCUGCUGCUCGCGCGCCAGGACAUCGCUGGCGCCGUGGUGGCGGCCAUGCUGCUCGGCGCGGCCGGCCUCGAGGCGUUCCUGGACUUCUGCGCCGGCUGCUUCAUGUUCACAUACAUGAUCAAGUUCGGUUUCGUCACGUCGAAGGUGAACGACAUGGCCAUCAGCCAGAAGUCCUUGAUGCAGGCGCAGAUGGACCACCAGGACGACUUCUCCGGCGAGCUGCGUCCGCUCGAGGAGUACGUUCACCGCCAGCCCGGCCAGCCUGAGACGCCGGCGGACCUCCGCGUGAAGUUCCGCAAGACGGACGAGCACAAGCGACGCGGCUUCCACCCCGUCAAGCACGUGGCGAUCGGGGACUUCAUGAUGCCGCUCGGCAUCGCUGCGCUGGCGAUGGCCUGGAAGCUCGGCAACUACACGCCGGCGCUCGAGACUGGCCGCAUGUGCGGCGACACCACGUGGCGCGUGCUGAUGUGGAUCUCCGUUGGUCUGUCCGGAGCCCUGCUGGCCCUGCUGUUCGCGAAGCUCCUGAUCUUCCCGCGCAAGCUCCUCAAGGAGGUGUCGCACCCGAUGAAGUCGGGCAAUUGCGCGACGCUGCCCACGUGCCUGGUGAUUUAUGCUUUCCUGCUGUGGGACAGCGACGACUACGACACCCCCGACUACGACACCAGAAAGGAGGUGAAGCAGCUGUGCGUCGUUCUGUUCUGGAUCGGCGCCGCCCUGCUGAAGGCGCUCAUGGUCUACAGGCUCGCCUGGGUCGUCGGCAACCGCGCCAACCAGGACCACAAGCAGGCGCAGAUACUGCUCCCCAUCAUCGGAUGCAUGGUCGCUGCCAUGGUGGCUCCGAUCUUUGACGGCUUCGACGACGUGUGGGGCUACACCGAGUUCGGCUGGUUCUUUUUCGGCCUGGCUGCGGUGCUGAGCGUCGUGCUGAUGGGCGGAACGCUCCUCGAGGCCGUCAGUUUCCACUGGAGCGACGAGCGCACGCGCGUGUCCAUGGGCAUGUGGGUGGUGGCUCUUCAGCUGCCCUUCCUGGCGCACCUCAUGCUGCGCGUGGGCCCGGCUGCCUUCUACACCGCUGGCAGCUCUGGGAAGGGGCCGUCGAAGGUGAGCUACUUUGACGCAGUGGAGCAUACCCUUUUCUUCGCAGGCUGCUCCACAUUCCUGGUCCUCUUCUGGCUGGCCGUCCCCAUGGGGUUCCUGAUCAAGCUCAGGUUCGACUUCUCGUUCUGGGCCCUGGCCUUCCCGCUGGACGUGCUGGCCAUGUCAUGCAUGGUUUACGCGAAGAGCGUGAAGGGCACGCUGAUGGCCGCCAACUUCUCCAGCGGCCUCGCCUACGCCACGCUGGCCAUCGCCUCCUACGGCAACGCGGUGCUCUUCCUGAACACUGCCUUCUGGCUGCUCAAGCGCCGCUGGCUGCGCCCAGAGACCAAGUGGGCCCCCCUGUCCCUGAACAAGCUCACGCACGAGGCCUUCCGCGUCGCGGGCGCGAAGCUGGCGGCGCAGGCGUCGGCGCUCGGCGACGACAUGAAGAGGGGCGGCCAGCCUCUGGGCCUGGCCCGCAGCCUCGCCGACGAGUGGGAGCUGUACGGCGUGACGCUGGAGUGGCACGCGCACCAGGAGGACCAGAUCAUGUUCCGAGAGAUCGACGCGUUCAACCCGAUGGCCACCAGGGACGGCUACGUGCAGCACGAGCAGCUGGAGCACAUGGAGCACAAGCUGAACGACGCCAUGGACACGAUCAAGCAGGCCACCGAGUGGAGCCCGCAGGCCCACGUCGCGGCCCAGAUCAUGGUCGACGAGCUGGCGAAGUACGUGCCGUUCAUGGAGAAGCACAUGGACUGGGAGGAGGAAAACCUGCUGGCGCUGAACCGCCGCACCUUCAACAUGGACAUCCAGAUCCGCAUCGUGCGCAAGAUCUGGGACGCGUACGAGGCGAUGUCCGUGGAGGAGUUCCGGGCCAAGGUGCAGGGGCUCGAGCGCCCUUCCUCCGGGGGCGACCCGAAGAGUUGGAGCAGCUACGACCUGGCCCAGUUCACGAAGACCGGCCGCUACGGCUAUCCUUCGAAGGAGGGCGACCUCGAGAGCGCCCUGGGCUUCCCGCCCACGAUGCCCGAGGGCAAGAUGCCUCUCUCAAAGCAGCAGGUGUGGCGCGUCGUGCUGCCGUACGUGGUCCGCAACCUCCCCGAGCCCAUGAUGCGCACGCGCUUCGUGAGGUGCUGGGCGUGGGCAUUGCCCGAGCGCGCGCAGCACGUGGGCGAGAUGAUCUACCGCGGCCUCGAGGAUGCCGACUGGACCGCCAUCGCCAAGGACGUGCCAGAGGUCAUCCCCCGAGGUCUGCCUGGCUGGGUGCGCCGCGUGUGAGAUGACAGAAGACAAUGGUGCGCAUGAUUGCACCGCUGUCUCGUGCAGAAUGACUGCGUCAGCUUGUCCCACAAUAGGCCAAUCGUCAUGCAGAAUGAUUGCGCCAGUUCGCUCCGCAAGAGACGGGGCACCAUUGCAGGUCCCUUUCUGGCCUGGACCAGUGCAGCGACGCAAUGUUGCGAGACUUGCUUCUCUUUUGCCUCGUUCCCGAUGCAUGCAAGCUCGACGUCUUUAGGGUCUACGCAUCCUGAAAUUCGCAACCAGCUGUGCUGGCAAACUCGACGUCGUCGGGGUCUUACGCAUCCCGAGACUCGCAUGUUACUGUGCUGUGUUGCGUGGUUCUGGUUGGUGCAUGCCGGAUACGACGCUUCGGUCGAUUGCGGAAUAAAGGAGAGAGGCAUCCGUUGACCUCCCUUGAGAUAUCUUGGCGUCCGUUUAUUUUCGGGAUGGGCGUUUCCGCCCGGUUUCGAUCCCGGGGGCCCUCGCAGAUCGAGGGUGCCAGUCGUGAUUUUUGUCGAUGUUGUAUUUGUUUCGCCUCGUUGGAUCUCACGGUCUGGAGGGUUCGUGACUGGAGCUGGCUGAGGGGCUAAGGUGGCUCAGCAUUGACUCCGGCCAGAAAGGGGGG